AUGGGUUCCAACCAGUCGAAACUGCAAGAAGCUCCAGGGCGCAGCGAGAAGGCCGUGGCAUCGAUGAACAUGUCCGGCAUAAUGCAGCUCAGCGACGACGAGUAUGUCCAUGUCGAAACCGGUGCCCCUCCGCCGCCUUAUUCUUCCACUCGCGGGAGAUCAGUUGGGCUUUCAGCCCAGCAAGCGGAGACAUGGGAGAAAGAGCUACUUGCUGACCCUAAGAAUCGACUCGCCAUGUCAGCGCUUUCGACCAAUCCGGUCUCGUCUAUUUUGUCCAACCCUUCCUCGGCCGUUGUCGAUACCCAAACUUUCAACAUCAAGAUUCCAUUUGAAGGGAGUCCUAUAACGAACCAAGCGUCUUCUGGUAGAUGUUGGAUUUUUGCGGCCACAAAUGUCUUCAGGGUUGCCCUCAUGAAGAAGUAUAGCUUGGAAAAGUUCGAACUGAGCCAAUCAUAUUUGUUCUACUGGGAUAAGCUGGAAAAGGCCAACUGGUUUAUGGAGCAGAUGAUCGAUACCGCUUCUCAGUCCUUGGAUAGUAGGCUGGUACAGCGGCUGCUGGAGAACCCUGUGGAAGAUGGUGGCCAGUGGGACAUGGCUGCGAAUCUCGUUCGAAAAUAUGGAUUGGUCCCGCAAACCCUCUACCCGGACUCCUUUAGCUCGCAGAACAGCAGUGAGCUGGGGAAGAUUUUGACAACCAAGUUACGCGAACAUGCCUUGAUCAUUCGCCGGAUGGCUCGUAGUAAAGAUCCGUCGGCUAGUUCAUCCAUUGCAGAUGCCAAGGACAGUUUCUUGAAGGAGAUUCACUCGAUCCUCACGAUCAUGCUUGGGCCACCCCCAUCUGCCACCAGAAACUUUGACUGGGAGUACUAUGACGCAAAGGGAAAAUUCCACAAAGUGUCUAUGACUCCGAUCCAAUUCGCAGCUGGUCUUUCAGAUCGUGACGGCGUGCGUGCCAACCAAGGAACUGAUGUGAAUGAGCUCUUUAGUUUAGUAAACGAUCCUCGGAAUUCCUAUGAGCGCCUCUUGACAGUGGAUCGUCUAGGGAACGUCGUCGGGGGGCGGCCGAUCACAUACGUAAACGUAUCCAUGGACGACCUCAAACGGGCCGCAGUCGCCAUGCUCCAUGCCGGUCACCCCGUAUUCUUCAGUUGUGAUGUUGGCAAGUUCUCUGAUCGCAAGCGUGGAAUCAUGGAUCCGGCCCUGUACGACUAUUCUCUCAGCUUCAACAUCCAAUUCGGCAUGUCCAAGGCAGGCCGACUGAAAACCGGCGAGACUGCGAUGACACAUGCCAUGGUCCUGACGGGAGUACAUGUUGAGAACGGCAAACCUGUUCGCUGGCGUGUCCAGAACUCGUGGGGAUCCGAAGUUGGAGACCAUGGCUGGUUCGUUAUGACAGACAAGUGGAUGGACGAAUUCCUCUUCCAGGUGGUGGUCGACCGGCGAUACGUAGCACAGAACAUACGGGAUGUAUUGAAGCAGAGACCUGUAGUCCUCCCGCGUUGGGAUCCCAUGGGGACUCUCGCAUGA